ACUUCGAUCGAGGAAGUGGGUAGGACGGCUGACUGAAGCGACAGAGAAGAGUUUGUUGUUUAUUCCGCUUUCAGAGGAUAAAACGCCUCGCACACUUUUCAAAAUGUCGGACUUUGAUAGCAACCCGUUCGCUGCGCCUGCCAGCGACAACCCUUUCAACGAUCCUUCUGUCACUCAGGUGACCAACUCCAGCAUAGACCCGGUUGACCAGUACAACCCUUUCCCUGCCCAGUCCAAUGAUGGCCUUGCUACCCACACGACUCCAGCCUCCACGUCUCCUUACCAACCUGCCGUGUUACAGCCAUCUACAGAGCCCAGUCCACAGGCAACUGCUGCUGCAGCUCAGGCCAACCUGCUGAGACAGCAGGAAGAGCUGGAGAGAAAAGCUGCCGAGCUGGACCGCAGAGAGCAGGAGAUACAGAGCAGAGGCCCGACAGGUAAAGAGAACAACUGGCCUCCACUACCCAAAAGCUUCCCCAUCAAACCGUGUUUUUAUCAGGACUUCUCAGAGGAAAUCCCUACAGAGUACCAGAGGGUCUGCAAGAUGUUGUACUAUCUCUGGAUGUUUCACUGUGUGACUCUGUUCCUCAACCUGCUGGCCUGUCUGGCCUACUUCACCACUGAUGCGACCUAUGGUGUGGAUUUUGGCCUCUCCAUUCUUUGGCUCAUCCUCUUCACUCCCUGCUCCUUCCUCUGCUGGUACCGGCCCAUCUAUAAGGCCUUCAGGACUGACAGCUCCUUCAGCUUCUUCUUCUUCUUCUUUGUGUUUUUCUGCCAAGUGGUGAUCUUCAUCAUCCAGUCUGUAGGCAUCCCUAAGUGGGGCAACAGUGGUUGGAUCGCUGCCUUCUCUGUCAUCGGUCAACACAAGGCAGCAGGAGCCAUUAUGAUUAUAGUGGCCAUCCUCUUCACCAUCUGCGCCGUCAUGUCCAUCAUCCUGCUGAAGAUGGUCCACAGCUUGUACCGCCGCACUGGGGCCAGUUUCCAGAAGGCCCAGCAGGAAUUCUCGCAGGGCGUCUUAACCAAUAAAACUUUCCAAACAGCUGCCGCUGGAGCAGCCUCUUCCGCUGCUCAGGGAGCCUUCCAGGGAAACAACUAAUGGUCGAUUGAACUAAGCAGAGCUUCUUUUUGACAGGUCAAGGUCUGUAUGUUAUCAGGUGUACAUAAUUAUCCAAACUAAACCUAAACAAAUCAGGAAGUCUAAGUUCACUGAGAACUCGCUGGCAGGCAUCAAACUAGCAGUGAUUCAUACUGAGAGUUGAUGGUACUCUGGGAACAGCUCCUGUCAUUUGGAGCCAGUGGUUGGAUUUCUGCAAAUUACAAUCUGACCUUAUAACGUACAGAUCUUGAGCCAGGUGAGGCUGCGUCGGUAACCUCCCUCCUUUCACCCCCACCAUCAGUGCACAUGUAAAUCCCCGUUUUUUUCCUUUUGCUUUUCCCAUUCAGCCUGCAGAGCCUCACUGUCUGGCUCUGCCAGUGUAGAAAACCAUGAAAGGGAAAGUCACACAUCAAGUGCAGACCGGGGUGUAAAGCAUGAAUGAAGUGACUGAUGGCUAUUUCAGAGUAUCUUGGCAUUGUAUAUUUUGUGUGCACUUUUUGGUUCAGUGCUCUUCAGUGUAAUGUGUGAGUGUGUCAGUGUGUGUACGGCCACACAGCUUCAUGUUUGCUCGGCAUGCUUGUGAUUUUCCACACUGAUGAUGGAUCCUGAUCUGGAAUAUAAUAUGAAGUGUUUGUCACUGAUUGACAUGUAUUCACUCAAAAGCCUUUCUCAGUUUAGAUAAAAGCUUUGGUUUUAUGUGCUGUAAAUUUCAGUCUAGUGAAGAAGAUAACAGAUAGAUCCUGUGGUUAAUUGCAAUCUGCCAAGCCUUAAAGUUUUGGUUAUUAUUUGGAUGUUACUGUAAAUAAUCAUUUCAACUUGGAGUCAAAGAGGAAUGGAUUUUACGUCAGCUGAUUUCAUUCUUGUAAACAGCAAAUUCAGAGCUUCUUCAGUAUAGAGGGAGUAUAAUUCCAAUAAGAAUUGUGGCCUAAUUUACUUGAUAAACCAUCCAACUGAUAUUUUUGGUUGUUGGUUAUUGAAGCAGCUUCAGCUACAUCUUUUCAUUGCAAUGCUCAAAAAUGUUUUUUUUAAGGAGACCAAAGCAGUACUGACUAUAGAAAAAAAGAAGAGUAUUUCCUCCCAAGUGGAUUGACAUCCUUUCUUAUAGUUUGCUGAAAUGGUCCAGUCAUCAGCCUGUUCUUCUGAUCUUUACACUAACAUCGAUGCAGGACGAGGAUUGUGAAUCAUAAGGAAUAAUUAGAAAAUAUCUCUGCAUUUAGAUUUGCCCAGUGUUUGUCUGUUUUAUACAUUCAUCCUGAGCUAUGUGAAUUUGCCAUAAUAUUGACCUUCUUAAAAGCAGAUCCACUGUCUCCACAUCACCAGCUACGGUAUUUCAUUUCACUUUUUCGCACAGAUUAUUACAUUUCUUGACAGAAGUUUAGCUCCUAAACGUCUUCUCUGUACCUCCUGUUAGACGAUCACCAAGCUAUAAAUUAUUUGCAUACUGGUGUAUAUUUUCUAUGUGAUUUCCUUUAUUGAAAAGCAUGCUUAUGUGUGUUUAUUUGAUGUACUGUUUGAAUGCCAGCUUGGAUGUCAUAUAUGUUUGCAUUUCUGCCCAAUUCAGACAAUUUCUGUGAUGUUCUUGCUUUAGAUAACAGUCUAAUUCAAGGUUCGACCUUACACCCAUUAUGUAAUGUAACAUUUUUUUAUUAAUUCACACAUUUCUGGAUGGAUUGUAUUGGGAGAACAAAAAUUCAGUGCCUUUUGUAUUUCAACUUUGAAUAUAGCGUUUAAUAAAAUGAUUUGCUACCA